GCCUCGCGCUGCCCUGGGAGCUGCGUCAGAAGAGCAGGAACAGCCGGAUCGGCUGCACGUGAUUCGCUAUCCCGGGAAAAGCGGCGAUUGGCGGAAGGAUGAUGGAGAUCGAGCGCCCGCUGGCGCAGGAGCCGCAGAGCCUAGAUUUAAUUGACAUCCUGUGGAGGCAGGACAUAGACCUUGGUGUCGUCCGUGAAGAUUUUGAUUAUAACUACAGACAAAAGGAGUACGAACUAGAGAAACAGAAGAAACUCGAGAAGGAAAAGCAGGACCAGUUGCAGAAGGAACAAGAGAAGGCUUUGCUGGCACAGCUGCAGUUAGAUGAAGAGACAGGUGAAUUUGUUGCUAUUCGGCCAGCAAAGCAAAGCGAAAACAAAACCCCAGGAGAAAUCUCAGAAUCUGCGCAGAUUGCAAAGACAGUGGAGAGAGAUGAUGGAGCUUUGUCGUUUGAUGAAUGUAUGCAGCUUCUCGCCGAGUCAUUUCCAUUUGUAGAUGACAUAGAGUCUCAUACAGUUCCACUUGAGCCUUCUGUUCCAGUUCCGGCUCAAACCAGUUCACAGUCAAUGGCUCCAUAUCAGGCUCAACAAGCUGCUCCCUCAAGCCUUUCAUCCACAACACCUGAACCAAACUCUCCGGAGGAUUUGGAGCAAACCUGGCAAGAGCUACUCUCAAUCCCGGAGCUUCAGUGUCUGUACAUGCAGAAUGAUAACCUCACUAGUACUGGAUUGACAGGAUAUACUUCCAAGAGCAAACCUUCCGAGAUGCCAAGUGACACCUAUAGCUUCAGUGCAAACCUGCCAGAUGACCAUGUGGUUGGCAGCAAUCCCAGUUUCCUUUCCCUUUUUGAAGAAGUAAUGCCGCCUGAAAGUCCCACACUCCACCAGCUCAAAACAAAUACGUCUGAUGGUGUGAACCCCUCAUUCAGCAACAGUCCUUACAGUGAUCUGUUCUUCUCCACACCUCUGAGCACCCAGAGGAACAGCAACAUUCCCCAGCAUACCAAUAUGAAUGACUCACUUACGAGCAUUCUGGAUGAUGCCCUUCUUGAACAAAUCAACAUCUCACACUUAAAAGUGGAUAAGGAGUUUGCUUGUAAGAAGCCAUCAAAUUUGCCUGAGGUUCUGGAUUCUGACUCGGGCCUGUCCAUGUGCUCGAGUUCUGGUGGCCCCUCCCCUGGUAAUUCAGUGCAAUCGUCCAUUUGUGGAGAUCCAACUCACAGUUAUAGUGAUUCUGAAGUAGAUGAGAUGGAGAGCAGCCCUGGCUGUGUUCAGCCUGAAUUUGCAGAAUUGUACCCAAUGCAUUUCCAAAAUGACGGACAUUUUCAGGCACCCUCUCUUGACCUUACAAAGUCAAAUAAGAGCCCCAAACUUUACACGAAAGAAGCAAAGGAUGAUCUGCCAGUGAGCCCCGGCCAUAGUAAAACCCCUUUCAUCAAAGACAAGCAUUCCAAACGAGUGGAAGUUCGGCUCACUAGAGAUGAGCAACGGGCUAAAGCACUCAAUGUUCCUUUCUCUGUCAGAAAGAUUAUUAACCUUCCCGUCGACGAUUUCAAUGAAAUGGUUUCCAAGUAUCAGCUAAGUGAGGCUCAGCUCGCUCUCAUUCGUGACAUCCGUCGCCGUGGCAAAAACAAGGUAGCAGCUCAGAACUGCCGCAAGCGCAAACUGGAAAAUAUAGUUGGUCUCGAACAUGAUCUGGAUCAGCUUAAAGAUGAAAAAGAGGAACUUCUCCAAGAAAAGGAGGAGCAUGCCAAAAACCUCCUUCACAUCAAACAACAGCUGAACAGUCUGUACCAUGAGGUUUUUAGUAUGCUACGAGAUGAAGAUGGAAAUCCGUAUUCUCCAUCUGAGUACUCACUACAGCAGACCAGCGACGGCAGUGUUUUCCUCGUUCCCCGGAGCAAGAAACUGGAAAUAAAGAGAGAAUGAAAUUCUAAAGUUUUGUUUAUUGUAUUUUUUUUAAAUGAGAAGCCGAAACCUGUGUGAAUUGCAAGUUUUAAAACUUUAAAAAGUUUUGUUAUCAUAUGUUAAUGAGUCUCCUAUGCAAAGAAAGAUUAUUACCAUUUUUCAUGGUUUCUGGUUUCUUGAAGGUGAGAGAGUUUUAGCUGAAGAUUGACUGAAAAAUGGUCUCUUGCCUAGUUCUUUUAAUAUUGAUUAUUUCUGUGCACUGCUUAUUACAUCUAUUCUUAGAGCUCUUGUAUAGUUUUGUAAAUACUGCACAUCUUAUUUAUAUAUGCAGAUAUAUAUAUCCCAUUUACUAUUAAAUUGAAGGUCUUUCAUAGAAUUAUAAAAAUUAUUUUAGUAAGCUACUGCUUCUUCUGUUGCAAGUGCCUGUUUUAUACUUUUUUAUUACAUUUCAAAAAUAGAUAAAUGGAAGAAUUAAAAAUGUAUGACUUCAUUUCUUCGCUUUAUAUAGAAAAGUUAUUAAAUAAAAUGUAUCUUUAACCAUUGCAAAAAUCUUGC